UUUUUUUUUUUCUCAUUCUUUUUGAUCUUUGCUCCACAACAAUGGCGACAUCCUCCCCAGAUACUUCCAUGGUAAUGAAACCGUGGUUCAAGAAUCAUCUCCCUUUGAAGCAAUGGCAAUAUCUCAAAAUAAAAGUUUGGUCAGAAAAUGGACUUGACGUCAAGAUGACUGAAGUGGCGUUCCGUAUGAGUCUUCAACAAGCAAUUCAAUCAACACUAGGAUGGGCAGGAACUGGGAGUAAGAUCGAUGUACUGGAUUGGAAUGAAGAAACACAUAUUGGUAUCGUUAAAGUUCCUCAAAGUGAAUUGGUCAUGAUCUGGGGUGCUAUAGCCGUUCAUCAAUUUGCCAUGGCAGAACAAGCUUGUGCAUUGGAUAUUUUAGAUACAUCUGCAAGCUUGAUCAGUCUUGCUGACAACAGUCGUGAUAUUUAGACUCUUUUUCUUUUUGUUAUAGAUCAUUACUUUAUAUUUGGUUAUUCCAUUUGUCCAUACCCACCUUCCUUCAAUUCUUGUAUAUUUUCCAUCACAUUUCAUUCUUCUAUUUUUAUUUUUGUUAUUAUUAUUAUUAUUAUUCUGAAAUCAUCCUUAUUUUUAAUCUUAAUCAAUAAAAAUGAUCAUAACCUUUUUCAUUUUCUAUGGA